AUGGGGAGAGAUAUGGGAGGUCUCAAGGUUCGCAGGGCGCUCCUCCGGCCGCGGGGGGCGCUGUGGCGACGGGGCUGCAGCGACGGCUUCCGCCCAGAGGCGGCGCUGCGGCGCGGUCCUCCGGUGCUUGCCGCGCAUGCUCCGGGUAACCAGGGCCGGCGCAGGUUCGUCCUCCCACCGGAGGAGGCGCUGCGGCGCAGUCCUCCGGUGCUUGCCGCGCAUGCUCCGGGUAAACCGGGCCGGCGCAGGUUCGUCCUCCCACCGGAGGAGGCGCUGCGGCGCAGUCCUCCGGUGCUUGCCGCGCAUGCUCCAGGUAACCAGGGCCGGCGCAGGUUCGUCCUCCCAGCGGAGGAGGCGCUGCGGCGCAGUCCUCCGGUGCUUGCCGCGCAUGCUCCAGGUAACCAAGGCCGGCGCAGGUUCGUCCUCCGACCGGAUGCUGCUCUGCGGCGCAGUCCUCCCGACCUCACUGCGCAUGGUCCCGGCGCCGCUUGCACCGACGGCCUCCGGAAUCUGGUGGCGCUGCAGGCCGGCGAUCCUGCGCCCACUGCGCAGCUGCAUCAACGGCGGGGCCGGGGCGGCUUCCGGCGGUCGGGCUGGCUGGCGGUCGGGCGGGAAGUGACGCGGGCGCCUGGUUACGUGGCCGCUGGGAGGCGGGCGGCGAUGCUGGAGAUGAUGGCGGCGGUGGCGGCGGCCGAUGCUGGCGGCCGCUCCACACCCUGCCCCGCACACGGCCCCUCAUCCCCGGCCGGCGGGCGCCUCGAGGUCUCCAUCGACGGCCUGACUCUGAGCCCCGACCAAGAGGACGAGGACGGGCAGAGGAGGAGGAACGGACUGGAGGAGGAGGAGGAGGACGCGGCGGCAGCGGGCAGGGCAGGCCCCGGGCUGGAGUCAGGCCCAGCUCCCGGCUCCGGGGAUGGACAGGCCGCCGCCGAGGGACAGCGGCUCACACAGGCGCUGGUGCAGGAGAUGGAGCAGCGGUGGGGCUUCGGCCUCAGUGAGCUCUACAGCCUGGCCUUCCGCUUCUUUAAAGAAAAAGAUGGAAAAGCUUUUCACCCAACGUACGAAGAAAAACUGAAGCUUGUUGCUCUUCACAAGCAGAUCUCCGUUGGCCCGUACAGUCCUGACUCUUGUCCCGAGGUCGGCUUCUUUGAUGUUCUUGGCAACGACAGGAGGAGAGAAUGGACUGCCUUGGGGAGCAUGAAUAAAGAAAAUGCCAUGGUGGAAUUUAUCCAUUUGGUGAACAAAUGCUGCAAUCUGUUUGAACCAUAUGUCACCUCUCAUAAAAUAGAGAAAGAAGAACAGGAAAGAAAGAGGAGAGAGGAGGAGGAGAGGCGUCGCAGGGAGGAGGAGGAACGGGAGCGUUUGCGGCAGGAAGAAGAGAGGCGGCAGAGAGAGGAGGAAGAGAAAAGGAGGCGGGAAGAGAGGGAGCGGAGAAAUCUGGAGGAAGAACGGUUUCGAAUGGAGCAACAAAAGCAACAAAUCAUGGCUGCCUUAAACUCACAGACCGCAGUGCAGUUCCAGCAAUACGCGGCCCAACAGUACCCCGGCAACUUCGAGCAACAGCAGCUCCUGAUCCGGCAGCUUCAGGAGCAGCACUAUCAACAGUACAUGCAACAGCUAUACCAGGUGCAGAUGGCACAGCAGCAGGCAACACUACAGCAGCAGCAGCAGCAGCAGCAGCAGCAGCAGGAGCCAAUCGUACCAACAACACACAUUGGAAUUGGAGAGGCCCCCACGGUGAACGGGCAGACAAGCACUCACACGGACAGCUCGGAGAAAGAGCCCGAGCCUGAAUCCUCGGAGGAAAUCCUGGAAAACGGACCAAAAGAUGCGACGCCAGUCAUUGCAGCGCCGUCCAUGUGGACCCGGCCGCAGAUCAAAGACUUCAAGGAGAAGAUCCGGCAGGACGCCGACUCGGUCAUCAUGGUGGGCCGGGGCGAGGUGGUGACGGUGCGGGUGCCCACCCACGAGGAGGGCUCCUACCUCUUCUGGGAAUUUGCCACAGACAAUUAUGACAUAGGUUUCGGCGUGUGCUUUGAAUGGACGGAUUCUCCCAGCACCGCCGUCAGCGUGCACGUCACAGAGUCCAGCGACGAGGAGGACGAUGAUGAAGGGACCCCCAGCGAGGCGGAGAAAGUGAAGAAGGAGGCCAGCAAAGUGCAGGUGGACGAGGUGGUGCCAGUCUACAGACGCGAUUGCCACGAGGAGGUCUAUGCUGGAUCCCAUCAGUACCCGGGACGCGGGGUGUACCUCCUGAAAUUCGACAACUCCUACUCAUUGUGGAGGUCAAAAACCGUUUACUACAGAGUAUAUUAUACCAGAUAAAACCAAGCCUCACCGUGCUUGGAAUCUGCUUUUCUUUUUUGCUUUCUUUUGUAAACUUUAAUUUUGCACAUUGUGCGUUGAAAUAAUUAUCUAAAUCAUUCUAUAUAAUAAUAAAUUGGGUGAAGGAUCUGC